AUGAACAAUUUGCUUCGACUUGAUGAUGGGCGUGUCAUCAAAAUUGUCGACAGCAUUUCCGACAUCGAAGAGGAGCGCGGUGCAUGCCAAGACGGGUUCUUGCUAUGCAGAAAGCUGGCUGCGGCUGUAGUCUGGUCUACCAAUCCUCAAACCUUGACUGCGCGUUGCAAGGCGUGCGAGACGGAUCUAGCGGCAGUGUUAUGGCCGUCAAGCACAGAAGAUCUCACCAAAUACCACUUAGGAGAGGUGAAGCCCAAAUCUGCUGUUGUUCACGUCCGAGAACUCAGCUCGCUUGAACUUUCGAGAGACGCCGAAUCACAGACAAGUCACGCUCGGCCUGCAGCUUUAGCGUGGCCACUGAUCGUUGCAAUUACUCUCGUACUGGUCGCGCUCGUAUGUGGCAAGUUGCUGCACAGCGUCAUCAUGGCUAUAAUGCAGGAUGAAAACUUUGUCCAGGCUGUCUUCCUGCUCUAUUUACCGUUGGUCGCAUUCUUGUCGGCAUUCUUUCUUUCCAUCAUCGUUGUGGGCUGCUUCCAAUUGGCCGGUCCCAUCUCUCAGCUCAACACGAACAGCCGUUACUAUUCUGGUAAACGGCCUCAGACAGUCAUCUCACCGACACAAUUGCCGCAUAUCACUGUACAAUGCCCUAUAUACAAAGAAGGUCUCUGGGACGUGAUUGAUCCGACCAUGCAGACCGUCAAACAAGCGAUCGCAUGUUACGAGUCGCAAGGAGGCACCGCGAGUAUUGUGGUCAAUGACGACGGCAUGCAGAUACUUGAUGAGGAAGGUCAGCUAGCCAGGAAACAGUAUUAUCACCUCCACAACAUCGGCUGGACCGCCCGCCCUGCCAACGGUCAGGAUGGAUACGUCAGAGUGGGUGCAUUCAAGAAGGCCAGCAACAUGAAUUACGGCAUGCGGGCCUCUUCACAAAUUGAGGAUGCCUUUGAAGAUUUGCUGCAGGCUGGCUACUCACAGGACUUUGAAACCUAUGGACUCGCCGUUGCUCAAGUUGCUGAACGACAGCCUGGUUUGUGGUGCGAAGGGGAUGUGUCACUCGGUGAGCUCAUUCUUCUGAUUGACGCAGACACUCGUGUACCGGAGGACUGCUUCCUGGACGCCGCGAAGGAGUUUCAUGAGUCUCCUGAAUUGGGUAUACUGCAGCACCCAUCUGAUGUUCUCAUCGUCAGCAACAACAACUUCUGGGAAAUGGCCAUGGCCCAUUUUACGCGCAGCAAUUACUUUGGGACACGCUAUGUAGUAGCUAGUGGAGAUGCGACGCCAUUCUUUGGGCACAAUGCGUUUUUGAGAUGGUCUGCCAUGGACAGCAUCGCCAAUACGAACUCGGGCGAACGACAGUGGUGGUCAGAGAGCCACGUUAGUGAGGAUUUCGAAAUGUCUCUCAAGCUACAGACCAGUGGGUAUAUCACCAGAAUGGCGGGCUACAGUCUCAAUGGUUUCAAAGAAGGAGUCUCACUGACCGUCUUUGAUGAAAUUAGCCGUUGGGAAAAGUAUGCCUUUGGGGUCAGUGAGCUCAUUUUUAACCCCUUUGGUUUGUGGUUGCGCAAGGGCCCUUUCACGUUCUUAUUUCGACAAUAUGUGGCAGCACCAAUCGACCUCGCAGCAAAGUGUUCAGCUCUCAUCUAUAUGGGCACGUAUUUUGGAAUUGGACUAGCAUGGAUAUUCGCAGUGGCAAAUUAUUUUCUUCUAGGGUGGGUGCCGUAUCGCAUUCGCGGCUACUACACCGAUUCUUUGCAGAUCUUGACUGCAGUGUGUGUCAUCUUUGGGCUGAAAGACGCCUUUGUUGGUCCUUUCGUCCGGUACCGUGUCAAGGAGGUCACACUAUUCCGUGGACUGCUUGACUCGCUCAAGUAUUUCGCCAUCACUACAAUCUUUUUACAAGGAAUCAGCAUGCAUGUCUCUCGGUGUCUCGCGCUUCAUCUUCUUGGUCGAAAGAUGACAUGGGAGUCGACUUCCAAAUCGCUGGAAGAGAGUUCUGUUCAGAGUGACUUGCCAAUGAUCUGGGGACGAUUCAAGGCGAUGUAUAUUAUACUGCUCAUCAUGCUCUGCAUGGUCAUCGCCUUGGGCUUCGCAGUGCCGGAGAAUUGGCGCAUUACUUCAUUCGGUGCAGUUUUCCCUCUUUUGUGGCUGAUUUGCUGGCACCUGUGUGUGCCCGUGCUUAUGCAUAAUCGCUCGAUUCUGAACGAAAUCUAUCGCUAG